CUUGCACUCCAGGAAGCUAAGCUCUUGCAGCAGUUCAUCUGCCCAAUGGGGGGCGGCAGCAUCUCAGUAACUCACUCUCUGAAGAUGUGUGAAUGGGAGGAGAAAUUCGCGUUCAAAAUCUUUUUGACUCUACCCACUUUCCGUAGCGCCUUAGCCCGCUCGAGUUUCAAUGCGCGUUGUUACUGGACGAAGCGGAGUCCCAUACAGCGCCCGCUGCUCUCCCGAUCAUGGCUUCUCCGAGUUCUUUCACCUACUAUUGCCCUCCUUCUUCCUCCCCUGUCUGGUCAGAACCGCUGUACAGUCUGAGGCCCGAGCACGCGCGGGAGCGGUUGCAAGACGACUUGGUGGAAACAGUCACGUCCAUAGAACAGGCCAAAGUAGAAGAGAAGAUCCAGGAGGUCUUCAGUUCUUACAAGUUUAACCACCUUGUACCAAGGCUCAUUUUGCAGAGGGAGAAGCACUUCCAUUAUCUGAAAAGAGGCCUUCGACAACUGACAGAUGCCUAUGAGUGUCUGGAUGCCAGCCGCCCAUGGCUCUGCUACUGGAUCCUGCACAGCUUAGAACUCCUUGAUGAACCCAUUCCCCAAAUAGUGGCUACAGAUGUGUGUCAAUUCCUGGAGCUGUGUCAAAGCCCAGAAGGUGGUUUUGGAGGGGGCCCUGGGCAGUACCCACACCUUGCACCCACGUAUGCAGCUGUCAAUGCACUGUGCAUCAUUGGCACUGAGGAGGCCUACAACAUCAUUAACAGAGAGAAGCUUCUUCAGUAUCUGUACUCCCUGAAGCAACCCGACGGCUCUUUUCUCAUGCACAUUGGCGGCGAGGUGGAUGUGAGAAGUGCAUACUGUGCCGCCUCGGUGGCUUCUCUGACCAACAUCAUCACUCCAGAUCUUUUUGAGGGCACUGCCGAAUGGAUAGCAAGGUGCCAGAACUGGGAAGGUGGCAUCGGCGGGGUGCCAGGGAUGGAAGCCCAUGGUGGCUACACCUUCUGUGGCCUGGCUGCAUUGGUAAUCCUCAAGAAGGAAUGCUCCCUGAACCUAAAGAGCUUGCUACAAUGGGUGACAAGCCGGCAGAUGCGAUUUGAAGGUGGAUUUCAGGGCCGCUGUAAUAAGCUGGUGGACGGCUGCUACUCCUUCUGGCAGGCGGGCCUCCUGCCCCUGCUGCACCGUGCGCUGCAUGCUCAAGGUGACCCUGCCCUCAGCAUGAGCCACUGGAUGUUCCAUCAGGAGGCUCUGCAGGAGUACAUCCUGAUGUGCUGCCAGUGCCCGGCUGGGGGCCUGCUGGACAAACCUGGCAAGUCACGUGACUUCUACCACACUUGCUACUGCCUGAGCGGUUUAUCCAUCGCCCAGCAUUUUGGCAGUGGAGCCAUGCUGCACGAUGUGGUCCUGGGUGUGCCUGAAAAUGCUCUGCAGCCCACUCACCCGGUUUACAACAUUGGACCAGACAAGGUGAUCCAGGCCACCACACACUUUCUGCAGAAGCCAGUCCCAGGCUUCGAGAAGUAUGAAGAUGAGGUGACUGACUAGAGGACCCCAUGGCUUUGUGCUGCCCACCUGCCCUGUCAGACAAGGUUUCUCCGUUUUGGUACAUAGUGCAUUCUGUGCUACGUGAGCCUUAGCCACUUUGGAGCUGUGGCUCUCUUUGUCCUUUCUUGUCAAACAAAACAAAGCCAUCGGCUCUGGGUUUGGAAUACACAGUGGCGUGAUUUUUGAAAUUAUUUUCAUAACUGUCAGACCAAAACUCUGAGCCUGUGCAGUGGGGUUGGGGAGCAGUGCAUGCUGGGAGGAAUCAGCAUCUCCCUGCAGCCUGCAGCCAGGACCACCAUGCUGAAAUGGAGGGUGUUUGAGUAUCCCAGCAGCCCAGCCACAGCUGCGACUCCCACCUAUACACCACCAUUCAAUCACCAGAUGGGCACCCUCCCACAGGUUGAACUGUCAGCUGCACACCAGUGUGGGCUAUGGGUCCUUGGAAUGAGUUCCCUUGCAAAGACUGGGUUGGGGCUGCAGUGGGACAAGCUUCCGCCUUCUCCUUCACCCCCAGUCAUUUACAAAGGAUGGGAGCUGGGAAUGGAAAAAAAAGUCUUGAGUUGAGAGUCCCUUCCUCCCCUCUAACACGGGAGACCUGAGCCACGCACCUCUCCAAAGGCCAUGUUUGGUCAAGCAAGAUUUGUUUUAUCCUAAGUGUGGUGACUUAGACCCGAGAAACCAAUUAUGAGUGGAAAACCAAUCUCUAGUCCAGCUCUGUACCAGAGGAAGCAGCCCCAGUGCCCAGCCCCUUCUCUCCCCAUCAUGUGCUGGGAGAGGUCCUCUGAGGUCCCCAGGGCAGUACCUGUAGCCCAGGCCUCUUCUGUGUUUCCCUUUCUUCCCUAGACUCCCAGCCUACCCUCCAAGGCAGUGUUGUCUUUUCUCAUCCAGAGUAUUAACACUACUAAGUCUUUUACCUUAAUUUAUGACUCAGGAGUUAUUCCUGCCCUGCCCACUCCAGGCUCAUCGAAAUAAAAUCAAGUGCUAGACAAGCUGGCUGCUGCAUCAACAGCAGCCUCAUAAACCCAGAUGGCAGGGUGAGUGCUGCUGUGCACUGGGUCUCUGCUGCCUCCACAUCAGCCCUCUCACAGCCAGUGGGGUGCUGAGUUUGGUCAUCCAUCCACUGCUACAGUCCCAGCAAGCUCAUGUCGGUGUCCCAGCCUUCUUGUGAGCCGGCAGACAGGAGCUCGGAGACCAGCAUGAGGCUCUUCUCAAAAUGACUGGCCAUUUGCUGCCUCUAAUUCCCCAUUGCUUUGAUGUACUGGGCUAUGUAUUACCUCCUUGAAAUAAUAAAAGAAUAACAUUU